GCCGCCGCGGCGAGGGCGCGCUGGCCGGGAUCGCUCGGUGCGGCUGCAGCCCGCGGCCGGGGCGCCGCGUCGGGGCCGGGAGCCGGGCCAUGCUGGGCCGGCGGCGCGUCUUCGCCGUGGAGCCGCUCAGCGGCGGGGGUGGGGCUGGCCAGGACCUGGUGCGAGGCUGUGUGGCACCAGGAGUCACCAGCACCUACAGACGGAUCCCGGACGCUGCUCCAGGGUGCUCACUGGACCACUGGGAGGGACAUGGCCAGCUGAGAGGUCUCAGGACUCAGGAGCGGGUUCUCAAACUGGCCUCCCAGGACUCAGGAGUGGAGAUGAAAAUUGGGGACAACUCCCUGGCCACCUCACAAGGGCUUUCUCAGUACUCUCUGGACUUUGAGCCCCCAGGGGCCCCUGAGGCCCUGGUCCAUGCUGCCAUGGAGCCUUCUGCCCACCUAGGGCGGCUCCUGACCAGCCGUAAGCUGGAGCAGGUGCUGGAGCGGUCCCGUCAGCUCCCGACUUCCGCCAGCUUGUCACACCAGCACCACUCCCUGAAGCCUCCAAGCAAGCCUGUGUAUGAAAUGCCUCCUUUUGGAUCAGGGGAACAGGAGGCCGUGCAGGCAGAAACCGACCUAGAGACAGGCCUGGAGGAAGCAGAGGUGGCGCGGGGCUUGGAGCCUGAAGCCUGGGCCAACCUUCCAGGGCAGGGUCUUCGCUACCUGGAACACCUGUGCCUGGUGCUGGAGCAGAUGGCGAGCCUCCAGCAGCUCUGCUUGCAGCUGCAGACCCGGAGGCCUGUGGGGAACAGCCUCAGCCCUCUGGUCAGGGCCCCAAGUACCCGGCUCUCCUGUGCGCAGAACCCUGAAGAGGAAGAGGAGUCGGCCCUGGUUCCUUCACCUCCACCCUCUUGUGCUGCAGGCAGUGAGGGGCCCGGGCUGCUCAGCCAGAUGGAGACAGGGGCAAAACCAGCUUUACUCCCAAAGGUAGGAGUGCCCAGCGCUGACCCUCCCAGGCUGUCAGAGGCCCCAGAAGAGCCAGUUCACACCUUUCCAUCCUUCCAGAAACACAAGCAGGAUCUCUCCCAGUGGAACAAGGUCAAGGUCCUACUCAACCGGAUCCUCUGGAGGAGCCUCCGACACCCUGAACCCCCUGCCCUUCCUGAUGGCCCUGUCCCCAGGACUGAGUCAAGAGACCUCCCUGACAUACCUCCAUGCCACCCCCUCCGGAAGACCUUCAUGCCAUCACUCAUGGUUAAGAAGCAACGAACAAAAAAACUUUCCAUGUGCUGAGACCUCCUUGCGCAGGGACAUGACCCUAGGUGGAGGCAUGUGCAGUGAAGUCAUCUUCUUCGCCCUUUGCCCUGUUGCAGCCUCUGGGCACUUCCAGGAAAAGCUGCUGAUGCUCACCCUUCUUUCUGAGGCUAGGGCUGAGUUCUUCUCCUCUGAGCAGCUUGGCAGAGAAGCCCUGCAUCCCUGAGAGGCCCAAGGUGUCUCCUGGGCUCCUCCCAGGUUGCCAGAAAUUCCUGGGCUUAGACAAUGUGAACUAACCUAUUUAUCAGACAGCCAUGGAAUGUGUAUUGGCACAGUGAUCUAUUGGGGCCCAGCAUAUUACAAAUGUAUAUUUGUGCAAAAUGUGUGUGUGCGUGCGUGUGCACGUGUGUGUGUGUGUAUGCUGUUACUGAACUGGAGUCCUACUUUCCUCCCCAUAGUUAUGUGAGGAGCUCCAGGACAGAGGAGGGUGUUAACCUGACUGUCUCUGUUUUGAGUCUCGGCUGUGGAGUAGAGCAUACUGAGACUGCACCAGGAAUUGGAGGGUCAGGGACAACAUGGGAACAGCAGAGUAACCUUCAAGGUCUAUUCUCAGCUGCUUUGCUCCCUACUAGCCUUUACACAUCAGAACUGAAACUAGAGGCCAUAUUAGCUUUUAGACCUUGACAAAAUCCCUUAACUUUUCUGAGCCAUAGCUUCCCACUUAAUCUCCCAAAUGGUAUGCCUGACUUACCUGUGCCCUAUCUACCUCACAGGCUUGUUUCAAGGAUAAAAUAUGAUUAAACUGUCUCAAAGUGC